GAAGUGCCUCAGAUCGUUCGUGUCACUGGACGUUAGCGCACAUGAACUUAUCUGCCUCAACCGCCAUCGUAUUAGUGAUCCAAGUGCUCUGUGGUAUACAUUGGAGCAUGCGACCCGAACAAACCUAAGAUAGAAUUUUGGAACGUAACCUUGAGAGGCUUACUAAUUCGACCGUUAAAAAGCCAACCAAACCUGUCAAAUUUAUAACGAACUUCGGAGUGUAAGUAAGCAAGAAUCUUUUAUUAUAAACGAUAAAGUUGUAAAAUGUCAAAGACGCAUAGUCCAACACAUUUUAAUGGAGAAACGGAUAGUUUUUACGACCCCAAUUUUUCUGUGGACAUCAAUAGACGGAUGCGAGUCCCCAAAAGCAUUCGUGUGAAUGGAGAUUAUACAGAUGAAGAUCUUAUUACAAACAGAUCACCAUGGAACCAAGUACCUUCUAUGGAGAAACUUGAAAUGCAUGUACCAGAGAAGAUUCUUGUUGUAGGACAAGAACAGCAUGUUGGCACAAAAGCACCACCACCAGAAAUUGUUUUGGAAAAUGCUGUAAUGCUUACAGAGCCAGCUACAGUUAGAGUACAGACUCCUCCGAGAAUUCUAACUCUCGACAAUCACUACUUUCCGACAGCAGACGAGAGAGAACCUGUACAUAUCAAUGAAGUUGUGAAAACAGUGGAUGUAGUACCUAGAACAUACAAUGCAGAAACACAAAUAUCAAGAAGGGAGCAGACAUCUGUGUAUAAUACUCUCGAUGUAUCUCUGCCGCCGAGUGAAGAAAUUCAGCACUUACGUCGGCAAGUAGGUAAAUUAAAUCGCAGAGUGAUGGCUCUCGAAUUAGACUCCAUGCAUCGGCAGCAGAGAGACAAGAUUUUGUAUGUGGCGACUAUAGCGUAUUUCCUGUUGAAAGCUUUUUCCUGGAUAACUAAAGAAAGAAACUAAAUUUUAAGGAAAAACUACUUUUAAGGGGAAAGAAAAUAUUGGAAGAUAUUUGUUUUCAAACUCUAAAGUGUAUAAAUAUUAGUCAGCAGUUUGGCUCAUUUGUUGUAAGAAAGUAUAGCCAAAGACUUUUUACCACAGUCUUUUAAGAUCAGUCAGUUAAGAUAUAUGACUCAUAAAUGACAACAGAAUAGAUAUAUGUGAAUGUUUAUAUAUUAUGCAAUUAGAAUGUUUAAUAUUAUGCCAUAUAAAUGCGAUGAGUGAUUUAUUUUCUUCAUAUUAUAAACAAGUUUCUUCUCUUUGAAAGACAUGUAUGUAUUCUAUUAUAUUUGACGAUAUGUAUAUUAUUAUCGAUUGUUGAUGUAUAUACAGCAUGCAACAGAGGAGUAGCAAGUUUGUUUCUUUAUAUACUACCAAGUUGUUGCACAUUUUACAAACACAUAUUCAACAAGAUGUGUACUUGUGUAACAAAGUUUUUUUUUAAAUAUUACUAUGGAUUCAGGGGCUGGUUAUUACCAUAACUCUGAAUGACUUGAUCUGUCAAGUAUUUUUGUUACGAUUAAUCGUACAUUGGUCGAUACAUUUGUAAGUUGAAUUAUGGUUGACGCUUAAUUGGCUGAUUAAUUUGAGCAGAAAUGAUGGAACUAGAAAUUUCAGUUCUCUUUAUAAAAUACUUAAUGUUACAUUGCUUUAUAAAGCAGUUAUCUGUUUGUAGAUAAUUAUGUUUCUGUGGUAAUAGCAGUUUGUUAUAUAUCUAAUCCAACGAAUAUGUAUAACAAAAGUCAAUAAAAUUAUUAUUAACAAACUUUA